AUGGAGGACUACCACAAGCCGGACCAGCAGACGGUGCAGGCGCUCAGGAACAUCGCCGCCCGGCUCCGAAUCAACUCCAUCAAGGCGACAACUGCAGCGGGCAGCGGCCAUCCCACAUCAUGCUGCAGCGCGGCAGAGAUCAUGUCUGUGCUCUUUUUUCAUUCCAUGAAGUAUCGACCCGAAGACCCCCGUAACCCCAACAAUGAUCGCUUCAUCCUCUCCAAGGGUCAUGCAGCUCCUGUGCUGUAUGCUGUCUGGGCGGAGGUCGGCUACCUGAAGGAGAACGAGCUUCUGAACCUCCGUAAAGUCGACUCAAUCCUGGAGGGCCACCCUGUGCCGAAGCAGCAGUUCGUGGAUGUGGCCACUGGAUCUCUGGGUCAGGGCCUUGGAGCCGCCUGUGGAAUGGCCUACACUGGAAAAUACUUUGACAAGGCCAGCUAUCGGGUGUUCUGCCUGCUGGGAGAUGGAGAGGCGUCGGAGGGUGCGGUGUGGGAGGCCAUGGCGUUCGCCUCCUACUAUCAGCUGGACAACCUGGUGGCCAUAAUGGACAUCAAUCGCCUGGGCCAGAGCGACCCGGCUCCACUGCAGCACCAUGUGGAGAAAUAUCAGCGACGCUGUGAGGCCUUUGGCUGGCAUGCCAUCAUUGUGGACGGUCACAGUGUGGAGGAGCUGUGUAAGGUGCUGAGUCAGCCCCGCCACCAGCCCCUCGCCAUCAUAGCCAAAACCAUCAAGGGCAAAGGCAUCCCAGCGGCUGAGGAUAAGAUGGGCUGGCAUGGAAAGCCUCUGCCCAAAGACAUGUCGGAGAGCGUGAUCAGGGAGCUGCAGAGCCGCAUCAUCAGCUGCAACAAACGCCUCUAUCCUGCUCCGCCCAAUGAGGACACAUCGCCCGUCAGCCUGCGCAACAUCCGCAUGCCAAGCGCACCUAACUACAAACCUGGAGAAAAGAUUGCUACGAGGAAGGCGUACGGCGUGGCUCUGGCCAAGCUGGGCCGCUACAACGAACGAGUGGUGGUCCUCGAUGGAGACACGAAAAACUCCACGUUCUCUGAGCUCUUCAAAAAUGAGCACCCCAACCGCUAUGUGGAGUGCUACAUUGCAGAGCAGAACAUGGUGAGCGUGGCGAUCGGCUGCGCUGUGCGCGACCGUAACGUGGUGUUCGCCAGCACCUUCGCCACAUUCUUCACCCGAGCCUACGACCAGCUCCGCAUGGCCGCCAUCUCCGAGAGCAACAUCAACCUCUGCGGCUCCCACUGUGGUGUUUCCAUCGGGGAAGACGGGCCAUCUCAGAUGGGCCUGGAGGACCUGGCCAUGUUUAGAGCCAUUCCCACUUCGACCAUCUUCUACCCGAGCGACGGGGUCUCCACGGAGAAGGCUGUGGAGCUCGCAGCCAUUACAAAGGGUUUGUGCUUCAUACGAACAAGUCGCCCAGAAAACAACGUCAUUUACAACUGCAACGAGGACUUCCAUGUUGGUCAGGCUAAGGUCGUGUAUAAAACCAGUGAUGACCACGUGACCGUGGUUGGAGCAGGAGUGACCCUCCAGGAGGCUCUGGCUGCAGCAGAAAUGCUAAAGAAAGAGAGAAUCAACAUUCGCGUGAUCGACCCGUUCACCAUCAAACCCCUGGACUCCAAGACCAUCAUCGACAGUGCCAGAGCCACCAGAGGACGCAUCAUCACAGUGGAAGACCACUAUUACGAAGGUGGGCUCGGCGAGGCCGUGUGCUCGGCGGUGGUGAACGAACCCGGAUUCACUGUUCACCGCCUGGCGGUCUCCCAGGUGCCCCGCAGCGGCAAGCCCCACGAGCUGCUGCGGCUCUUCGGCAUCGACCGCGACGCCAUCGCCCAGGCGGUGCGCAAGACGCUCAGCAGCUCUGCCAACGCCAAAUAAGGACAUCCGGAAGAGCGACAUGGUAACUGCCGCUAUUUAACCUGUGAUCACCAUGGAAACAAACAAUAAACCCCUCACAGAUAGAUAGAAAAAAAGAAAGACGGUGGGGCCCGUCCGGGUCUCUCUCACUCUCUAAAGAGCCAACAGAAGAUUUUUGUCGGUAAUUUGAUCCGCUGCAGAGUUUUGCCACCAUCAGUCGGAGUUCAGUAAACAUUCCUCCUCCUCUUUACUCACAGAUAUUCACUCCUUCACCCCGUAGUUCCCCUUCUGCCUCUACAUUGAAAGUGCUGGUGCUGCUGUAGUGUUUCAGUAAAAAAGCAGUAAACGUAGUUUGGAGUCGUGUAUUUUUAUACCGUAUGUCACGUCUCUGGAGCCCCUCUCACGCCUCGGGCUCGGUGUGCUCUCCACCUGGUGUGAACGUGUAGAUCUCACCCCACAGCCGGGUGGAGGAAACCUCGGGCUUGGUCUGUUUUGAGCACUGCCUGUUUUUAACUCUUUCGACUCUGACUUUGGUUUGGACUGAUUCACACAAAUAAAGGGAUGGUUUCUUCACA